CUGUGGGAAAGGAGGCCGUGUUUUUUCCCCGGGGAUUGGGGCCUGCGGUAUAUUUUCCGAGCGUCCACACUCAAGUAUCCGAGGGUCCAUCGUCGCGCUCCUCAGCCUCGCGGUAGCUUGUUUGCCGGCCUAUUGGGAGCGGGGCGGGGCUGACGGCACGGACUCCCGGAACCGCUUUCGGGUCUUUGGGAGGAUAACUGAGUGAGUGUCACCAUUUGCCUCAGAUGUGCCACUGGAGGCCCGAGCUGGGCGACCUCCCAGACCUUUGUGCGCAGGAUAUUGUGUGGUAAAAGAGGAGGCAGAGGCUUCUAAGUUAGUCUGCCUGAAAGUUCUCAGUUACCUUUGGAGUCAGAUUAAUUACAUUCGCAUUCAGAACCAUCCUAGCGUCAUUGUUCAUUUUGACUUGUAGUUGCUACGUUUAUGAAGGAAGAUGGGGUGGUGUUUGAUGAUCACCGUACAAUACAGUAUUAUUAAAUAAUGACCAUUAAUUUUGUACCCUUUUUCCAGGUUGCUUGACAGCACGAGAUACAGUCCAGUCAGUUUUGACUGCUUCAUUCUGGGCCAGAAGUACUAAAGAAUAGUUUCAUAUUACCUGUAGUCUUCUAGAGAGUGGAUAAGAGAGACUUCUCCAAAAAGAAAUAUUUGGAGUUAGUAAGGAUAGAAGGGUGUAGACUGCUCUGUGUGAUUGAUCACUUUGUCAUCAAGACACCCAAACACAAUUUAUAAGAGUUCAUAUUUACCAACUAAGAAAAUUUGAAAAUGGGCAGCUGGUUCUCAUCUGGGAACACUUAAAUACUAAAAUCCUCUCUGGGUAUGCCUACUGUUGCAUUUGUCUUCUAGACUUCACAUUUACCAACAAAGAAAACUUGAAAAUGAGCAGCAGACGGAAACGUGCUCCUCCAGUGAGGAUAGAUGAAGAAAAGCAGCAGCAGCUUCAUUGGAAUAUGCAUGAGGAUAGAAGGAAUGAACCUCUCACCUUAACUGAUGAUGAAUAUCCCUGCCCAGAUUCAGAUGCCACUUCUGCUCAUUGCAUCAUCCUAGAUGACAGUCUAAAGGAUGAGGUGCCUCACAGAGAUAAGAAGAGGUGUUCAGAGGCAGUAAACUUCUCAAAAUCAAUCGAAAAAGAAGAGACUGUUGGUAUUUUUUCCCCUUUGUCUGUAAAAUUGAGUAUUUUGAUUGCUCCAUAUCACUUUGAUAAUUCUUGGAAAGCACUUCUGGGAGAAUUAAGUCUUCAGCUUCUUCCUGAACAGAGUUUAACUGAAAAUUUUUCUGAAAGGAGUUUUACUUUGAUGAGUUCAGAGUCAAGCAAUCAGUUCCUGAUCUAUGUUCAUUCAGAAUGUGAAGAUGUAGAGAAACAAGAAAAAAGACUCAAAGAACCAAUCUAUGCUUGUGACAAGAGUAUUCUAGUGGAAUCAUCCUUCAGUGGUGAAAUGUUAGAAGAUUUGGGGUGGCUACAAAAGAAGAGAAGGAUAAAACUUUACCAAAGACCAGAAGGAAAUCACAUUAUCAAGGUUGGAAUUUAUCUUUUGGAAGCUGGUCUAGCAAAACUAGACUUUUUGAGUGAUGCAAAUUCAAGAAUGAAAAAGUUCAAUCAGCUCAUGAAGAGAGUGAUGGAAAAGUUAUACAAUUUUAUUAUUCUAGAUGCGUUAGAAGAGGAUGAUGAAGAUUCAGAGAGUGAACCAGAGGGACAGGACAUUGAUGAGCUCUAUCACUUUGUGAAGCAAACACAUCAGCAAGAAACACAAUCCAUCCAAGUGGAUGUCCAGCAUCCUGCACUGACCCCUGUGUUGAGACCUUACCAAAGAGAGGCUGUCAAUUGGAUGCUACAACAAGAGUAUUUCAGAAGCACUCCUACUGGUGAAAGUACCCUGCACUUCUUAUGGCGAGAGAUUAUUACAUCUGAGGGUUUGAAACUCUACUAUAAUCCAUACACAGGCUGCAUCAUUCGUGAAUUCCCAAAUUCUGGGCCACAGUUGCGUGGUGGAAUCUUAGCAGAUGAGAUGGGCCUUGGAAAGACAGUGGAGGUUUUGGCUCUGAUUCUGACACAUACUCGACAAGAUGUCAAACAAGAUGCUCUCACUCUUCCUGAGGGAAAAGUGGUGAAUUAUUUCAUUCCAUCACAUUUUGGAGGAAAAGUAAAAGAUACAAAAACCCAGAAUAUUGAAAUUGAACCAAAAGAAAAAGUUCAGUGCCCCCCUACACGUGUGAUGAUCCUGACAGCUGUGAAAGAAAUGAAUGGGAAAAAAGGAGUCUCCAUCCUUUCCAUCUACAAAUAUGUCAGUUCUAUAUAUAGAUAUGAUGUUCAACGGAACAGGAGUCUUCUGAAACGGAUGCUGAAAUGUUUAAUUUUCGAAGGUCUUGUGAAACAGAUCAAAGGCCAUGGUUUUUCUGGGACUUUUACACUGGGAAAGAAUUAUAAGGAAGAGGAUAUAUGUGAUAAAACAAAAAAGCAGGCAGUAGGGAGUCCAAGGAAAAUCCAGAAAGAAUCUAGAAAAUCAGGGAACAAAGACACGGAUUCUGAAUACUUGCCAUCAAAUACCUCUGAUGAUGAUGAUGAUGAUCCUUACUAUUACUAUUAUAAGGCCAAGAGAAAUCGUAGUAAAUUGAGGAAAAAGCCUAUUCUAUCCAUAAGAAAAGGAAAAAGUCAACCAAAUAGCAGUUCUGAUUCACAAGGUCAUUGUCCAGCUGCCAGUGACUCUGGAAUUAUUGAUGUUACUACAUCUGAAAGUACAUGUGUCUCUGAAUUCAAACAAGAACAUGAAGCAAAGGACUAUGGUGAAUCUUUAAACCUUGCUGCUAGUGAUGUGCCACAUUCUAAUAUCAUGAGUCCCUAUAACACUGCUGAUUAUCGCUUUGAGUGCAUAUGUGGCGAGCUUGACCAAAUGGACCGUAAGCCACGUGUUCAGUGCCUGAAGUGUCACCUGUGGCAACAUGCAAAGUGUGUGAAUUAUGAAGAGAAGAAUCUGAAGGUUAAGCCUUUUUACUGCCCCCACUGCCUUGUUGCAAUGGAGCCGGUAUCAACAAGAGCAACUCUAAUAAUCUCUCCAAGUUCCAUCUGUCACCAGUGGGUGGAUGAGAUCAAUAGACAUGUGAGGUCAUCAUCUCUUCGAGUCUUGGUAUAUCAAGGAGUGAAGAAAGAUGGCUUUUUACAGCCUCAUUUUUUGGCAGAACAGGAUAUAGUUAUCAUUACCUAUGAUGUCCUUCGUUCAGAACUAAACUACGUCGAUAUCCCACAUAGCAAUAGUGAGGAUGGGCGUCGCUUACGGAACCAGAAACGCUACAUGGCUAUUCCCAGCCCCCUAGUAGCUGUGGAGUGGUGGAGGAUCUGCCUUGAUGAAGCACAGAUGGUUGAAUGUCCUGCAGUAAAAGCUGCAGAAAUGGCCCAGCGUUUGAGUGGGAUUAAUCGGUGGUGCAUCAGUGGCACUCCAGUACAGAGAGGAUUGGAAGAUCUUUUUGGGUUAGUGGUCUUUCUUGGUAUUGAACCUUACUGUGUCAAACACUGGUGGGUUCGACUUCUCUAUCGCCCUUACUGUAAGAAGAAUCCUCAGCAUCUCUACAGCUUUAUUGCUAAGAUACUGUGGAGGUCUGCGAAGAAAGAUGUGAUUGACCAAAUCCAGAUACCACCACAGACUGAAGAAAUACACUGGCUCCACUUUUCUCCAGUGGAAAGGCAUUUCUAUCACCGUCAGCAUGAGGUGUGCUGCCAGGAUGCAGUGGUAAAACUCAGGAAGAUUUCUGACUGGGCUCUCAAACUCAGCAGCCUGGACAGAAGGACUGUCACCUCCAUCCUGUAUCCGUUGCUGAGGCUCAGGCAGGCCUGCUGCCACCCACAGGCUGUUCGUGGGGAGUUCUUGCCACUUCAAAAAAGCACCAUGACAAUGGAAGAACUGCUGACAUCUUUGCAAAAGAAAUGUGGAACUGAAUGUGAAGAAGCACAUCGGCAGCUAGUUUGUGCCCUCAAUGGUUUAGCAGGCAUCCAUAUCAUUAAAGGUGAGUAUGCCUCAGCAGCAGAUCUGUACAGAGAAGUGUUGCGCUCAUCUGAGGAGCACAAAGGAAAACUCAAAACUGAUUCACUUCAAAGACUUCAUGCUACCCAUAACUUGAUGGAAUUGUUGAUAGCCAAGCACCCAGGGAUACCUCCUACCCUGCGAGAUGGCAGACUUGAAGAAGAGGCCAAACAACUUCGAGAGCACUAUAUGAGCAAGUGUAAUACAGAAGUUGCUGAAGCCCAGCAAGCUUUACAGCCUGUGCAGCAGACCAUACGUGAGCUUCAAAGAAAAAUUCAUUCUAAUUCUCCUUGGUGGCUGAAUGUGAUCCACAGAGCAAUAGAAUUUGCUAUUGAUGAGGAGCUUGUUCAGCGAGUGCGAAAUGAAAUAACCAGCAACUAUAAGCAACAAACUGGCAAGCUUUCUAUGUCAGAGAAAUUUCAUGACUGUAGAGGUCUUCAGUUCUUACUUACAACACAAAUGGAAGAGCUAUAUAAAUUCCAGAAGCUAGUAAGAGAAGCUGUAAAAAACCUGGAGGGACCUCCAUCUCGUAAUGUUAUUGAAUCUGCAACAAUCUGCCACCUCCGACCAAUUCGACUUCCUCUCAACUGCUGUGUCUUUUGUAAAGCUGAUGAAUUAUUCACAGAGUAUGAAUCAAAGCUAUUUUCUAACACAGUCAAAGGCCAGACUGCAAUAUUUGAGGAGAUGAUAGAAGAUGAAGAAGGACUGGUAGAUGAUAGAGCACCUACCACCACCCGGGGUCUGUGGGCAAUAAGUGAAACGGAACGAUCUAUGAAAGCAAUACUAUCAUUUGCAAAAUCACAUAGAUUUGCUGUUGAAUUCAUUGAUGAAGGAAGUACUUCAAUGGAUCUCUUUGAAGCAUGGAAGAAAGAAUAUAAGUUACUUCAUGAAUAUUGGAUGGCUCUGAGGAAUCGUGUAUCUGCUGUUGAUGAACUUGCAAUGGCAACAGAACGACUAAGAGUGCGUGAUCCUAGGGAGCCAAAACCCACUCCACCUGUUCUUCAUAUCAUAGAACCACAUGAGGUAGAACAAAAUCGUGUAAAACUACUAAAUGAUAAAGCCGUUGCUACAUCACAGCUUCAGAAAAAACUUGGGCAGCUUCUUUACCUAACUAAUUUGGAAAAGUCUCAGGACAAAACAUCGGGAGGUAUUAAUCCAGAACCUUGUCCAAUCUGUGCUCGACAACUGGGAAAACAGUGGGCAGUAUUGACCUGUGGGCACUGUUUCUGUAAUGAAUGCAUUUCUAUAAUUAUUGAACAAUACAGUGUGGGGUCUCACAGAAGCUCCAUUAAGUGUGCCAUCUGUCGCCAGACCACAUCUCACAAAGAGAUCUCAUAUGUCUUCACCUCAGAGAAAGCAAGCCAGGAAGAAGACAUUCCUGUGAAGGGCAGCCAUUCUACAAAAGUGGAAGCUGUGGUCAGAACUCUGAUGAAAAUACAGCUUAGAGAUCCAGGGGCGAAAGCUCUCGUUUUCUCAACGUGGCAAGAUGUAUUAGACAUUAUUUCAAAAGCUCUCACUGACAACAACAUGGAAUUUGCACAGAUCAGUCGUGUUAAGACAUUUCAGGAGAACCUUUCAGCAUUUAAACGUGAUCCCCAAAUCAAUAUUUUGCUGCUGCCCCUGCACACAGGUUCUAAUGGAUUAACUAUCAUUGAAGCAACUCAUGUUCUCUUGGUGGAGCCCAUAUUGAACCCUGCCCAUGAGCUUCAGGCCAUAGGGAGGGUGCACCGAAUUGGACAGACAAAACCUACUAUUGUACACAGAUUCUUAAUUAAAGCAACAAUAGAAGAAAGAAUGCAAGCAAUGCUGAAAACUGCUGAGAAAAGUCACACGAACUCAUCAGUGAAGCAUUCAGAGGCCUCCGUCUUGACCGUGGCUGAUCUGGCAGACCUGUUUACCAAAGAAACUGAAGAGCUUGAAUGAAUUACACUUGACUCAGUCCACAGACUUCAAUGUAUUAAUAAACUUUCGUAGCUGUAGAGCAAAGUUAUAAGUUUAAAACUCUAGUAGAUGUCAGUAAACACUGUUACUAGUUGAAUGAAUUUGUUUCUUUUUUUGAUUAUACAAUGGCCUAGUACUUAUUGAAUCGUCUUCAGUAUACUGUUUUCAGAAGAUCUAUAAAGAUUUUUAAUUUUACACUCCUAAUAAAACAUUUAUUUUUGUCCCAAAGAAUAUGUAUAUCUGAUGAGGCAAGACAAUUAAGAGAAGUAAUGGGUACUUUCUUUUUAAAAAGAUCAGUUGGAAAAAGAGUUGGAGUAAGAGAGAAAGUGAGCUAGUCUAGUUUUAUAUGACCUGACAUAUUCAACCAACAUAGAUCUCAUUUUUGGAAGGGCCGUUAGUGUCUGCAGCACAUGAUUCACCAAUAUCUUGUUAGUAGUGUUUUAAGUAGGUGGUGAAUUACAUUAACUCUUAGUUAUUUGAGUAGGUUUAGACUCCAUGCAUACUAAUUUAAUAGUAUAAGUUAAUGUUAGAUAAUUGUUAUUUCUUUUUUCUAUAUCUUGCUACUAAAAAUCAAAACAUUGAAAAGUUUUCAUAUUUCUAUUAUGUGUUAAGUAGUGUCAGUGUAACCAGUUAAUUCCAAAUAGAAUUUUUAAGUGUACUAAUGUUUACUUUAAAAUUAUCUGCUUUCUCUACUCUUAAUUUUUCUUAUUGUUAAGUUUUUAUACAUUUUUAAGAUUGAUGUAUCUGUAAAUAUGGCAAUUUUUAUGAUUUUAAGUCUUAUCAUUAUAACAUGGAAAAUAUGGUAAGGUUUUUUUUUUAAUCAUCAUUAUACUGAUGUUUUGAAUUCUCUUUCUUUCUUGUGUUCUUGUGUAACUAGACUUUUUAGCCACGAAUAUCUAAAUUUGAAGUUUGUUAUUUAAAUCCAGUUCUUCCCUUAAGGACUAGCAUUUGAUCUUUUGAACAAGAGAAUGCUGUGUUCAUAUAAGCAGAUAGUUGCAAGGUGAUAAUAACUGAGUGUUUCUUCUUCUGUGAAGAAUCAAUGGACUUUGAAAUCGCUGAAUAAGGAGUAGCUCGUUGUAUCCUAGCCAUUUGUUGUAAUACAAAUGUUCUUGUUUUGUUUUCUUUUCCUUGAGCCUUCAGAGUUUUAACUGAUCCUCAGGACUCAUUCAUUAGCUCCUACUUAGCUACCCAAAAAACUAAUAGAAAUAUCCCAUGAAUUACAUUUGUCCAACAGGCUUUGGUGCUUAGUUAAGGUGCAUCUUCUUACUCUAGGUUUUUCGGGUGAUAUAAUUCAGCUGAAGAGAACACACAUUUUUUGGUGCUUAUUCUUCAGUUGAAGGGAGAUAUGCAUUGAUUCUUUUAUAUGAAAUUAAAUUGAACUACUACUAAUAUUUUUGUAGCUCUUUGCAUAUUAUAAAGAGCUUUCCUGUACAUUUACGUAUUUAAUUUGCCUAACAGUCCUGUGAAGUUGAUAUAAUUAAUAUCAUUCCUGUUUUAAAGGUAGAGAACUGAGGUUCAGAAAUAUUAAGAAACUUCCCUAUGGCAUGUAGCAAGUAAACAGUGGAGCCCAGGUUCCCUGACUCCAAAUCUCAUGUUCUUUUACUAAGUAAACGUCAUGCUAAGGUUCAGAAGGCCCAUGGUUAUAAUUUAAUAAUGAGACUAUUUCAGUAUUUCUUUCAGUUUGUUUCCUAGUAUUACUUUCUGAGUUGUGUUUUAGAGAAAACAAUUUGAUAUGCUUCAAUUUUGUAAAAAUAAAAGGACAUAUAUAUAAAUAUACUUAUCUGUAUUAGAGAAAAACUGCUCUUAUUUAUUUCUGUAAGAUAUUAAUUAAAUAUUUUAGUGGAAAUUGAAA